UCAUCAUGAAAGUUGUAGUUCAGGUAGGUGGAAAGUGAAGGAGUAGUUGGUAGGUGAAGAGGGAAUGGUGUCAUCGCCGCGGUCGAGUCUCUUCGUCUUUGUAAGUUGCCCUCGAGUCUUAACAUAUUUAAGACCAGGCUGCGCCCGCUCUUGACGCCGUGUGAAUUCCAAAUCCUCUCCUCAAAGCCCACCAAUCAAGUGCGCGACAGCCGAAACCCACCUAAAGCAUCACCCACGGCACCAUGGCUCUCGCCGGCAGCAUCCAGUCACGAAACCUGCCCGUGACGCAGAUUCCGCUCAAAGACAUCCUGCGGCCCAUUCCUCCCGUUAUCGAUUCACCCAAGGUCGACUCCAUGGUCCAGACGCUCCGCGGCGAGGCGUGCAGCUACGUCCCAACGCCAGCACCCGAAAACAUCGAGCCCGGCAAGCUGCCGCCCGUCGACGUCCUGCACUACCACUCCGCGUCGCAGAACAAGAACUAUUAUUUCGCGUUUGGCGGGUGCCAUCGCAUGCAGGCCUACGAGAAGGCGGGCAACGAGGUGGUCGACGCGCGGGUCAUGAAGGUUACGAAACCCAUGUUGAAGGUGUAUCUAGGAGGCAGCGUGGACCGGAUCGUGGGGGAGGAAUGAGGCGGGCCUCCAAGCGGGGACCAGUUGUACAAUUAAUUUUAGAUAAUAGACGGCCAGCGAUGGUCAAUGAUACCCUGUGAUAGAUGUCGGG